ACCCGCUCUUUGCUGGGAGUAUUUGAAGAAGAUGCUGCUGCAAUAUCCAAUUACAUCAAUCAAUUGUUUCAAGCCAUGCACAGAAUAUAUGAUGCUCAGAAUGAAUUAAGUGCAGCAACUCAUCUGACUUCAAAGCUUCUGAAGGAAUAUGAGAAACAGCGUUUUCCGCUCGGGGGAGAUGAUGAAGUCAUGACUUCCACUCUGCAGCAAUUUGCAAAAGUGAUUGAUGAGCUCAGCUCUUGCCAUGCAGUACUUUCAACUCAGCUUGCAGAUGCAAUGAUGUUUCCUAUUACCCAGUUUAAAGAAAGGGACCUAAAAGAGAUAUUAACUCUGAAAGAAGUUUUCCAAAUUGCAAGCAAUGACCAUGAUGCUGCCAUUACCAGAUACAGUCGGUUGUCAAAAAGAAAGGAAAAUGAAAAGAUCAAGGCUGAAGUUACAGAAGAUGUGUAUACUUCAAGGAAAAAACAGCAUCAGACUAUGAUGCAUUAUUUCUGUGCAUUAAAUACACUCCAGUACAAGAAGAAAAUUUCUCUGCUAGAACCCUUGCUAGGAUACAUGCAAGCUCAGAUAAGCUUUUUUAAAAUGGGUUCAGAAAAUCUUACUGAGCAACUGGAAGAAUUUUUGACCAAUAUUGGCACAAGUGUACAAAAUGUUCGCAGGGAAAUGGAUUGUGAAGUAGAAAAUAUGCAACAAACAAUAGAGGACUUGGAAGUAGCCAGUGAUCCAUUGUAUUUGCCUGAUCCUGAUCCUACAAAAUUUCCUGCUCAUAGGAAUCUAACACGGAAGGCUGGCUAUCUCAAUGCAAGAAAUAAGACAGGGCUGGUGUCCUCCAGUUGGGAGAGACAGUUUUACUUCACUCAAGGUGGAAAUCUGAUGAGCCAGGCAAGAGGUGACGUGGCUGGGGGACUUGUCAUGGACAUAGACAAUUGCUCUGUCAUGGCUGUGGACUGUGAGGACAGAAGAUACUGUUUUCAGAUAACGUCUUUUGAUGGCAAGAAGUCUUCGAUCUUACAGGCAGAAAGUAAAAAAGAUUAUGAAGAGUGGAUAUGCACCAUAAACAACAUAUCUAAGCAGAUAUAUCUAAGUGAAAACCCUGAGGAAAUUGCUGCCCGUGUGAACCAGUCAGCUCUGGAGGCUGUCACUCCCUCUCCUUCCUUUCAGCAGAGGCACGAGAGCAUGAGGCCAGCUGUACAAUCUCGUCCUGCUGCAGCUCGUACCAGCAGCACAGGGUCACUGGGAUCUGACUCAACAGCUCUCUCGGCACUUUCCUUGGAUUCCCUUGUUGCCCCUGACACUCCCAUCCAAUUUGACAUAAUAUCUCCAGUCAGUGAAGAUCUGCCUGGCCAAGCAAAAUCAUCAGGGCAAUCGGGCAGACGCACAAAUCCUUUUGGUGAAUCUGGAGGCUCAAAACCUGAAACAGAAGAUUCAAUUCUUCAUCAGUUAUUUAUUGUAAGAUUUCUUGGCUCUAUGGAAGUGAAGUCUGAUGAAAGCCCAGAUGUUGUUUAUGAAACAAUGCGUCAAAUACUCGCAGCUCGUGCCAUCCAUAACGUUUUCAGGAUGACAGAAUCACACUUGUUAGUCACUUGUGACUGUUUAAAGUUAAUUGAUCCACAGACACAAGUUACAAGACUACGAUUUCCUUUGCCCAAUGUAGUGCUGUAUGCUACACACCAGGAGAAUAAGCGUCUGUUUGGAUUUGUGCUUAGAACAUCAGGAGGGAGAGUGGAGAGCCGCCAGACUUCCAUCUGCUAUAUAUUUGAAUCCAAUAAUGAAGGGGAAAAGAUUUGUGACUCUGUUGGACUGGCCAAACAGAUAGCUUUUCACGCAGAACUGGAUCGAAAAGCCUCAGAAAAGCAGAAAGAAAUAGAUAGAGUCAAAGAGAAACAGCAAAAAGAACUGAAUAAACAAAAGCAAAUUGAGAAGGACUUGGAGGAGCAGAGCCGGUUGAUAGCAGCUUCCAGCAGAUCCAACCAGAGCAGCACAGAAGGACAGUUUGUAGUCCUUAGCAGCAGCCAGUCAGAAGACAGCGAUUUAGGAGAAGAUGGAAAGAAGAAGAGAGAAUCCGAAGCCUAACAUUGCCUGCUUCAUUAAAAUUGGAAUCAUGAAUAUAUCUGGUGAAAUGGCACAAGUUCUACAAGAGGUGAAAUGUAGGUGGAGGGUCUGUCGUGUUAUAGAAAAGACUUCACAAUGUAUAGACCCUAUUACACCUUGAUUUUUCUUUCUCAGUCAAAUGAUUUCCAUUUCCUGUCAGUAUAAUUUCUCUUGUAUGCCAGACGAAGCAUGGUGAUGUUGCCAUGUUUAUUACAAACAUAUGUUUUCUCAAGGCUUCUCUGCAGUAUGGAAAAAAAAUGUGGGGGUUUUCCCCACUUACCCUUGUUCAACUGACUGCUUUGGAAGCAAAAUUGAAAAGUCAUUGGCUUUCACAGUACCACUGAAAUUUGUUCUUUACACUGCAGUAUGGAGAAUACCUUGCUGGAAACAAAAGUGGAUGUCCAAAUAAGACAGUGCUAAGCUUUACCCAGUUUGUUGCACAUACCUGUUCUUAGAUUUAGGAUGAAGAAUCCCCGUUAACAUCAGUGAGAUGUGCAAUAGUUCUAAACAAAAGGAUCUUUUUUGUUUCAUUUUGCACAGUAUGAUACUGUCCAAAAUUUUCUUUUAACAGGAGAAAAAAAUUACUG